AUGUCCUCAAAACACGAUCCUAGAGGAGAUGAGAAAAGGUCCAGUAAUGCGUCAACCAUUCUGCCACUGUUGAGAGGAGCUAACCAAAGCACGUCCAAUGCAGAUCAGCACGCCUCAAUUGAUUACCAAGGAUUGGCAGCAGAGUCUGCAGCUGCUACUGCGUCAGCUGCAGUGGCUGCUGCCGGUGGUGGAGAUCAGAGAUCACAUCGCCAGCACUCGCACCAUCAUCAAAACCACCAGCAAAUCCAGCAUCAACAACAUCUUCAGCUUCAACAACAGCAACAACAACAACAGCAAUAUGCACAGGGUCUGAAGCAAUCACAAUUAGAGGCGUCUACACCUACAACUGAUGCAGAAUCGGCUUCAGAGUUGGAAAGUUCAUCAACAGUGUCGCAAGCUCUAGCCCACCUCAACAAUAUGAAGAACCCCCACAGAAUCAAGUUGUCCAGCCAAGAUGUCAAAUUAAUCUUGUUUUUGAUUGUUGAAAUCAAGCCAUUCAAAUAUGUUGGCAAUCGUGCAUUGAGUCAAACCAAGAAAUGGGAAAUUAUACAAAACAAAUAUUACGAUUUGAAAUUUAGAGAAAAUAACGAUACAAAUUUCAUCAUCCCUACUGUUCGUACCUUGCAACGUCAACUUGCUGGUGCGGUUAAAAAGGCCCAAAAGCAGAGAACCAAAGAGCGGGCAGGAGGCUUUGAUAGAACUCACACCAUCCCACAAACUUUACCCGAAAUUGAUGCUGAUGAUUACUACAACUUUAGAAACAUUUCACCUGAUAGUCCCCAAGAGCAAUUAGAGAGUGCGUUGUUGGAUUUGCACGAGUUGAGCGAUAAGAUUAAGGAGUUGAAAUCUCAAAGCAAUAACCUCGUUAAAGUAAGCUAUCAACCACGUGCUAAGACAUUGUUGACUGAUGCUACUUUGGACGAUGAAAAUGGGGUUCCUUCAAGAGUGGGAGCCAGUGGUGGUAUAACCAAUACCGUAUCGAGAGAUGCAACAUCGCAAUUGGAUGAAAUUCUGGGCAUCUUGAGUCAUGGAAUUUUCAACUUGAAACAAGAGCUCGAAAAUGAUUCAAGCGUUUCCCCUAAACAUAGACAAACUGUUGAGUUAUUAGAAUCGGUGUUUACCCACACUAAUGAAAUGCGUGCGUUGGUUGCACGAGAGAAUGAAGUAUUGAAUAAACAGAUUAAUAAAUUGAUUAGUGACCAUUUGGCAAAAAUCGAAAGUGUUAAGUCGAGCUUUAAUGCUCAACAAUUGGAAUUGGUUGAAACGAUUACUGAUUCGUUAAGAGAGGAUUUUAAGCACAAUGGGAAAUCAAAAAUUAUUCUUGAAAAACUCGAUUCUAUUAAAGGGUUGCUCAAUUAA